AUGUCGGAAAACGACGGCGUUCGAUUUGUAUCGUCUUCCAUCAAGCUCGCUCCUCUGUCGCCUCUUCACCACCACCCUAUACCUCUCUUCCAUACCCUCCAACUCUCUCCCCAAAGCCUAACUUCAGCUCUCUCCAAUGCCAAACAUUCCAUUGACAACUUCAUCACUUCACUGAAUGUCCCCCAAAAGUCCAACCCAUUUAACCCAAGAAAUGCAAUCAACCAAUUUGUAGACUCACUGAAAACCCACUACAAAACCAAUCGAUUUAACCCACUUGAUCAAUUCGUUAAUUUCUUUAAAACCCAGAGAAAAAACAACCCAUUUCACCUUGUAUCAAGGUCUAGUCUGUUGUGCUCGGCUUCGUUGAGUCUGACUCAGAGUGAAGGGGAUAAUGCAGUGGUGACUCAGCCGAAGAGUGGCAGUGGGCACUCUUCGACCAGUCGACACGAGGAGGAAAGAGUUUUGAUCAGUGAAGUCUUGGUGAGGAAUAAAGAUGGCGAGGAGCUGGAAAGGAAAGAUCUUAUGAAUGAGGCCUUGGCGGCAUUGAAAGCUUCGCGUCCCAACUCUGCUCUCACGGUCCGUGAGGUUCAAGAUGAUGUGCAUCGGAUUAUUGCAAGUGGGUACUUUUGUUCUUGCAUGCCCGUGGCUGUGGAUACCCGGGACGGUAUUCGGUUGGUGUUUCAGGUAGAACCAAACCAAGAGUUCCGAGGGUUGGUAUGUGAAGGAGCGAAUGUUCUUCCGUCAAAGUUCAUAGAGGAUGCUUUUCGUGAUGGAUAUGGGAAAAUUGUUAACAUCAAGCGUUUAGAUGAAGUUAUUAACUCAAUUAAUGAUUGGUACAUGGAGCGGGGUCUUUUUGGCACGGUUUCAGGGAUUGAGAUUCUUUCUGGGGGUAUUAUUAGGUUACAAGUUUCAGAAGCAGAGAUCAACAACAUAUCCAUACGUUUCCUCGAUAAGACUGGUGAGCCAACCGUAGGGAAGACAAGGCCAGAAACUAUACUUCGGCAACUUACUACUAAGAAGGGACAGGUCUACAGUAUGCUUCAAGGGAAAAGAGAUGUUGAUACUGUGUUGACAAUGGGCAUCAUGGAAGAUGUUAGUAUUGUUCCGCAGCCUGCUGGAGAGACUGGCAAGGUUGAUUUGACAAUGAAUGUUGUUCAGCGUGAAAGCAAAGGCUUCUCUGCCGGUGGUGGGAUUUCAAGUGGGAUAACAGGUGGCCCUCUAGCAGGACUGAUAGGAAGCUUCGCAUUUUAUCAUAGAAAUCUUUUCGGGAGAAACCAAAAACUUAAUCUUUCAUUAGAGAGAGGCCAAAUUGACUCAAUAUUUAGAAUAAACUACACAGACCCAUGGAUUGAAGGAGAUGAUAAGCGGACAUCAAGAUCAAUCAUGGUUCAGAAUUCAAGGACCCCUGGCACACUUGUUCAUGGGAAUCAACCUGACAAUAGUAGCCUGACCAUUGGCCGGAUCACAGCUGGCAUUGAAUACAGUCGGCCAUUCAGGCCGAAAUGGAAUGGAACAGCUGGAGUUAUUUUUCAGCUUAGGUGCUACCAUAGGCUACUGCACUUCUCUAUGAGGGGUCUGUUUGGGUUCUCAUCUCCUCCACCAUGGGAUAUUGGCCGAGUCAGACUCCAGGAUUAUGCUGUUGAUUCAUCUUCUAUUGCACAUGUGCAGUCCUCCCAACAUUCUCCAAUCUCCAUAGCUCUACAGUUAGACUGUUUGCCCUUCCAAUCUUAUACAGCUUUCCAGUGGUCUCUCUUAUCCCUGAUUAUACCCCCUAAUCCAGCUUCUCCUGAGCAUCCUCAUGCGCUGAUUCAUUAUAAGCAUGUUGGUGCUCGUGAUGAUAAAGGGAAUCCUGUUAUAAGGGACUUUUACAGUAGCCCACUUACUGCAAGUGGCAAUACCCAUGAUGAUAUGUUACUUGCUAAACUUGAGGGUGUAUAUACUGGUUCUGGUGACCCCGGGUCUUCAAUGUUUGUAUUCAAUAUUGAACAGGGACUUCCUGUAUGGUCAGAGUGGCUAGUUUUUAACAGAGUCAGUGCUCGAGCGAGGAAAGGUUUUGUAAUUGGUCCUGCUCGCUUUCAUUUAAGUGUGUCUGGUGGUCAUGUGGCUGGUAAUUUCCCUCCCCAUGAAGCUUUUGCCAUUGGUGGAACUAAUAGUGUUAGAGGAUAUGAAGAAGGUGCGGUUGGCUCAGGUCGGUCUUAUGUGGCUGGCUGUGGAGAAAUUUCUUUUCCCCUGGUGGGACCAGUAGAAGGGGCUACUUUUGUCGAUUAUGGAACUGAUCUUGGAUCAGGACCUGUUGUGCCAGGUGAUCCAGCAGGGGCAAGGCUAAAACCUGGAAGCGGUUAUGGGUAUGGGAUUGGUAUUCGUGUGGACUCUCCUUUGGGGCCUCUUCGACUUGAAUAUGCCUUUAAUGACCAACGAACAGGGAGGUUUCACUUUGGGGUUGGUCUUCGAAACUAA